AUGUUGGGGCUGAAAAUGGACCAGGAGGUCCUCGGGGAGCUGGUUAAGACCAAAGCUCCUGCAGUGGGACAGCUCAUGGACCAGUACCCAGGUAUCUGGACCCUGGUGGUGUCACGCUGGUUCAUCUGCCUCUACAUCGACAUCCUCCCAAUAGAGACAGUUCUGCGGGUCUGGGACUGUCUCUUCUACGAGGGUUCCAAGGUUCUCUUCCGGGUGGCUCUGACUCUCAUCAUCCAUCACCAGAUGGAGAUCCUGCGAGCGCGCUCACUGCCUGAUGUGUGUGAGUGCUUCAAGCAGAUCACCUGCGGAGCUUUCACCCUGGACUGCCACACCUUCACGCAGAAAAUCUUUACAGAACCCGGGAGCCUGUCCAUGACAACGAUCAGUAAAAUGAGAGAGAAAUGCAGACGACAGAUCCUGGAGGAGGAAACACACAGAUGA